AUGCAGCUACUGGAUUUGUAUUCCCUUUUGAUCCGCUCGGGUGGUGUGCUCAUAUCAUACCUUAUCUAUGGUAUUUAUCAAGAGAAAAUUACCAAAACUAAGUAUGGCCCAGAAAAAGAGCCUUUCGAUUUCUUUUUUUCCCUCCUGCUAUUGCAGUGCAUAGUAAACUUUAUUUUUGCAAAAAUGGCUCUUAAAUUUUGUCCGGAACCCUUGAACUCAGCUGAGGAAUAUAAAUUUGCUGUGUGUGGUUUUACAUAUAUUGCCGCGAUGUACACUGGCAGUACAAGUUUGAAGUAUGUUACAUAUCCCACUCAGGUGAUAGGCAAGUCUGUCAAACCAAUACCUGUCAUGUUGUUGAGUGUGUUGCUAGCUAAACGACGUUAUCCUCUGCAAAAGUAUAUUUUUAUGGCGAUGAUUUCCAUUGGUGUUACACUUUUCAUGUUUAAGGGGCAUUCAGCGGCUGUUCUAACAAACCACUUGACCUUCGGGGAGUUACUUUUGCUCUUUUCAUUACUUUUCGAUGGUAUUACUGGAGGUGUUCAAGAACAUUUGAAAAGGCAUAAUGUUGGUCCAUACUCACUCAUGAUGUGUAUGAACGCUUGGUCAGUCACUUAUUUGCUUCUAGCAAUUAUGGUCAAUGGGGAGGCUUUCCCAUUUUUGGAAUUUGUAAAUCGUCAUCCAUAUGUACUUUCUGAUAUGGCCAUUUUCUCAGUGUUAAGCGCUAUCGGCCAGAUAUUCUUAUUUGGUUUAAUCACAAAUUUCAGUGCACUGACUUGUUCAGUUGUUACUACAACACGAAAAUUCUUCACAGUUCUCUUUUCCAUUAUUCUGUUUGAUCAUAUUAUGACAAGUCGUCAGUGGAUAGGAACUAUAUUAGUAUUUUCUGGUUUGAUACUUGAUCAAAUCUAUGGUAAAACACAUUCUAAACAAUCAUCGAAAAGCAGUAAUACCAAUGGAAUAGUUAAACCUACUACAAGAUAUAAUAAAUCUGAAGAAAUUAAAAAUGGAUGAUGACUUCUAAG